AUGUCUUCCAACGCCAACGCAAUCCUCGAUGCCGUCAAAACCCGCCGCUCUCAUUACCCUCUCUCCAAGGACCUGCCCAUCUCCAAGGAGCGCAUCGAGGAGAUCAUCAAGACUGCUGUCGCCUACGUACCCACCUCCGUCAACUCCCAGUCCACCCGCGUUGUUGUCUUGCAUGGCGUUGAGCAUGAGAAGUUCUGGGAUAUGACCGCGAGCAUUCUCAAAGCUAUCGUCUCCGCCGAACAGUGGGAGUAUACGUCCGGCAAGGUGGCCUCAUUCAGGGGCGGCGCCGGAACUGUCCUCUUCUACGAGAACGAGGACGAUAUCAAGGCCUUACAGGAGAAAUUCCCGAUGUUCGCCGAACGCUUCCACGGCUGGGCUGCCCAAUCCGACGCCAUGCUGCAGUUCACCCUUUGGAUUGCAUUGGAUGCCGAAGGUCUCGGUGUCAACUUGCAGCAUUACAACCCUCUCGUCGAUGAGCAGGUCGCCGCUGAGUGGAACAUCCCUUCCACCUGGAAGUUGAACGCCCAGCUCGUUUUCGGAGGCAAGAAAAGCCAGCCUGAUCCGAAGGAAUCCAAGCCCAUCGAGGAGCUCUUUAAAGCAUAUGGCUCCUAG